AUGACCGAUAUACAUAAGUUUUUUGUACUUCAUAAGCGAAUGAAAACUACAAAUGAAAAUGGAGGUGUUGAAGAAGAUACUGCCUAUGAUCAGGUAUCACAGGAAAAGGGUGCCUUCUGCAGGUUUUGUGUGCUUUUCCGCCCACGCAUAACGCAUGGUAGUCAUCAUGGCGCAUUCAUAAGCCGCCCAUUCACAAAUUUCAAAAAAUUCCAUGAAUGUGUAAAAAUGCAUAUGAAUUCCGAGUGGCAUAAAGAUGCAAUAGAAAAGUCAAAUAAUUUCAUUAGUGUUGUGACAAACAAAACUAAAAUUUUGGCAGACGAAACAAUGGAUAUUGCAGGCACAGAACAACUUUCUCUUUCUGCACAUUAUUUUGACCUUGUAACUAAUGUUGUCAGAGAAGACUUCCUUGGAUUUACACCAUUAGCAAGGUUAGAUGCAAAACAUAUCUCCAACACAAUAAUAUCUACUUUAUCUGCUUGGGGUUUAAAUCUAGAUAAAAUGGUGGGACAAGGCCAUGAUGGGUGCAGUACGAUGGCCGGUAAAAUUGGAGGAGUACAGAAGAUAAUUGCUGAGAAAUAUCCCAAGGCUCGCUUCUAUCAUUGUGCUAUCCAUAGACUUAAUUUAGUUGUGAAUGAUUUGAACACCUUACCAGAGGUUAGAAACGCCAUUGGUACUAUCAAAGAAGGAAUUUCUUUUUUCCGGGGGAGCACGCAAAGGAAAGUCCUAGUUGGGAACCUUCAAAAACUGUGUGAGACGCGCUGGUCUGAGAAGCAUAAGUCAAUAAGGAAAUUUAAAGAUAAAUUUUUAGAAAUUGUUGAAGCAUUAGCAAUUUUACAUAAAAAAAGAGAUCGUGAAACUAGGCAGAAAGCCUGGCAACUUUACUGCACACUUACUUCUCAGACGUUUAUUGUUACAUUAAAAGUCAUAGCAAAAUAUUCAGCCAAACUAGAACCUGUCACCAAUAUCCUACGAUCAGUAAACAUUAACUUAGAUAAUGUGGAAGCCGAGUUUGAAAUGAUAAUGGAAAGUGCUGAAAGCAACUCUAGUGCACUUGGAAUAGAUGUCACUGGCAUUCGACAACCGCGAGUUGAUGCACGACAAAUGCAUCGUUCAAAUCAUCCAUCAGUUUCUGUCACUGAGUACCACAGAAAAUCUCUCUUUAUUCCAUAUUUGGAUUCCCUAGUCCAGUCCUUGCAAGAACGGUUUUCAGAAGGAAACAAGGCAUCUUUUGAGAUUUUCUGCUUGCACCCAAAGGUAAUGAAAUCCCAAAGCGACAUAGAUAUGAAAAGGAUAAUUGAAAAUAUCAAAAGAUUUUAUGGUGAUCUUUUAGAUAACCUCACUGAAGAAGCACGGACAUGGAUCAGUAUAUGGAAACGCGAUAAAGUAACUGAAGGAGAUAUUGCUGAAUUAAGCCUGACAGAUCUACUGGACAAAGCCAAAUUCUUGCCUGCCGUAGCUUCAGUCUUGAAGAUAGCCCUUAGCUUACCGGCAACCACCUGCUCUGCGGAAAGAUCGUUCAGCACUCUCUGGCGCGUGAAAACGUGGCUAAGAACUACCAUGGCAGAUAAUCGACUCAGUUGUUUGUGUAUGGUGUCAGUUCAUUGUGAUAAGAUAAAGUCAGAGGAGGAGUCCUUUAUCGAAAAAGUGGUAGAUAGUUAUGGGAAGGACCCGAGAUGCAUUCAGUUUCUGUUUAAUAUUUCAAACUACAUUAAUAUGUUUGUAACAAUAAAACAGUCACAUCAUCCUUACAACCAAAGGUCACAAAAUUUGUUAAGACAUGAAUCUGUUAUGGGUUGUGGAAAUUAUUAUCACCUAUUAACAUGUCUGAGCAGAGGUGAACUUACUGACAUGGCGUUGUGCCCCAAAAAUGAGCAUUUACGAGAGCAAUUCAGAAUAUUUCCACAACAUUAA